ACCGCGUACAGUAUCAGGUAGCGACAGAAGCAAUUUGUGCUUACACGACGACCGUUCUGACAGCGAGGCAUUUAUACCGCUGGUUCACGAGGACGUUCGCGUCGCUGUGUCCCCGAGGGAGCCGCUUAGAUGGGUCUUCAACGGAUAGCUCCAGCCCCAUCUGCCGCACUGCUGCUUGCCGUGCGAGUCACGGCGUCAGCAGGGACCCGAAGAUGACAAGGAGAAUAAAGUCGCCAGCAGGACGCAGCAGAUUCGAUUCGUGCUUCUUCAACGCGCAGCGUACCUGGCGCCCGACUCGACGGUGGAGCAAGCUAACCUUGCAGAUGCUUCGGGCGUGAUGGACCUUCCCGUGCAAGCUGCGCCGGCGGCUGGCAUCGCACCCUGGGGCCGCACUCACCACUCUUCCUUCUGUGCCCACGAUUGCUCCGAAAUAGCCCGAGCGAGAUUACAAGCCGUAGCCACGACGAGAAGGCAUUUUGUUGGGAAAGGUACGAGUCAUUCGCCGCAGAGGAGAGGGAAACCAUGGCUGGCACGCAGGGGGGGCAGACGCAAGGAUCGGGGAAGGUUCCUUUGCUAUCCCGCGUGGAGAUGGUGCACUAUCCGGCCGUGGGAGGCACCGUGGGCGGCGACGGCGAGGGCUGCCAGUGGCACAUGCUGGCGCGCGACCGCUGCUUCCUCCGCGCCGUCACCUACCGCGCCCACUGCGCGCUCGAGCACAUGACCCUAGGCGACUUGCGCGAGUACCGAGACUCCCACCACCUGGACUCCCACCACCUGGACUCCCACCACCUGGACUCCCACCACCUGGACUCCCACCACCUGGACUCCCACCACCUGGACUCGGUGCCUCCUGUGGCGCUGAACCAGCGGGUCACGGCGAUGCUUGCGCUUUCGUGCGAGAUGGGCGUGCCGCCGAUGAGCUUGGAGGGGGAGGGCGUGCCGCCAAUGGUAGCAGGGGUGAUGAGGUUGGUGGCAGCAGCAACGCGGAAGGCCAAGACAUUCCCGAGGGCAUGCACAUGAGUGGCGUGAGAGCCACUGACUUUGCCCUUGCUGUCGCCACGGUGUUCUCUCGACCAGAGUACGGCAAAGCGUCUCACGUGCACACCAUUGACUCGACCGAUGGGAGCAGGGCGAGGAUGGAGGGUGCGGCCAUUGAGGACGCCAGACACAGCCUGAGAAGGGCGACGCGGGAAAGGGGAGGGCUUACAAGGCGGUGGGCGGGGGAGGUGGUUUUUGAGUCGACUCAAAAAUCACCUCUGGGCGGGGGAGGCAGAGCAGGUGGAGGAGGAGAAGCAGCAGCUGCAGCUACAGCAGCGGAAUGGCCACCAAGAUGAGCAGCACCUGAAAUCCAUUUGUUCGAGCAGUGCGUCUUUUGAGCCGUCCGGCAUGAGAUGUGUUUCUCAGCCUGAGCUCCAGCGCAUCAACAUCAGCCCUGUUCUCGCACUCUUCACGUACCGAGUCGGGCGCAUCUUGCAGUGGCUUUGAAUCAACGGCUCAGAUUUCAUCUUGGCAAAGAGAAGCUUCAAGGACAGUCCAGAGGGCAAGGUCCUCUCGAUGCGCCAUCCGCUUGGGGACCUUCCGAGCCUGCUGGUCAUGUUUGGCGCCAUCCCCAAGCCUUUGGAUGAAAGCAGCUGUGCCUUGGGGUGGGAUGAGUGGCCGCAGGUGAGGCGUCUUCUGACCCGAGUGCAGCGUUCUUCCACGCAGGUGUUUGGAGAGGAGUGGGGUGAUGAAGGCCGGUCUGCAGAGACUAUCUGACCAGCCAACAAUCACGGGACAGAAGAGCAAUGCU